AUGGAUCUUCUCCACCCCCUUGAAUACGACCCAUCCACAAAUGCUGCGGAUGAGCCCGCGUCGCGGGGUCGUAAGAGGAAGCCUUCCAACAAGGGUGAAAUCCUCGAGUGGAAGCUGUCGAGUAUGUUCCGCCAUAUCUUUAAUACGGCAUGUUCAGUAGCUGUCCGGCCACGAAAGAAGGCGCGUAUGACGAGUCCGACAAUUUCUCCUUCUCUUCUGCCUAUCGUCGACUUGGUCGACGUCCAGUCGGAGAUGAAGUCGGACGAUUCCCUUCUACCUAUGGCAGCGGAUCUGACGAUGAUUGAUCUCGGCGAUGCCGAGUCCGAGUGCGAUUCGCGUAGCCUUGACGAACGAGACGGGUGA